ACGGGCAGGCGCAGUGAGCGCGCAGCGCUCCGGGUCCAUGGAGACGGCGGGGCCGCAGCCCACGGCAGGGCCGCCGCCCGCGGUGGGGCCGCAGCCGGGGGCCGAGGAGAUCGACAUGUCCCUGGAUGACAUCAUAAAGCGCCACAGGAAAGAGCAGAUAGAUGCCAGUGCCUUGGGCGACAGCAGAAGGCAGCAGGUCAAGAACAGGAGUUCAGCCUCCGGAUAUGGGUGGCCGCAGUACCGACCCUGGAAGCAGAGGAAUUUGCAAGGACCUAACCAUUUCAGAAGAGGGUUUGGACAGCAGCAAUUCAAUCGGAGACAAUUCAGGAAUGCUUUACCUGGUCGCAAGAGAAGAGCAGCUGCUGCAUUUGAUGGAGUGAGUCCUUUAAAUCGCCAAGCAUCAGCUCAGGAGGGCACCAAGAAGAACAAUACUUUUGCCAAAAGCAGCAGUGGGCAGCAGGAGGAACAGCCACAGCCAUCUCCAGGCACCAAGAGAUUCAGAGCAGAUGCUGCCAGCAUCUGCACCCCAGAGAGAAGCAGGCCUUUCCUGCUGAACAGGGGAUUGGCGUUCCAGCAGAAGCGGGUGCAGCAGUGGCUCUCCAAAGCCCGCUUCCAGAGAGGGCAGAUGGAUUCUCAGGGAGAAGGGAAACCGCCAAGGACGAGAAGGUGGCAAGUGAAACCCAGCCCAGGAGCAAUUCUGACUGUUUCUGUGGUUAAUCCCCAGGCAGGCCAGCCCAGCCCGCCUGGAUCCAAGCGCCCAUUCCAGCGAAGCUGGAGACCCCCAGCACGGGUGGCCAAGCCCCAGCCCAAGGGGGUGCUGCUGAGAUUCAACUUCCACGCCAUGGCCAACCAGACCAGCCUGACGCUGGAUGAGAGGUUCUCUAGUCUGAGGAAUAAGAGGCGCUUUACAGCAGCCAGGAGCGCCGGACGGACGGUCACCAUGCCUUAGGACCGCGUGCUCGUCAUAGGGACUGCAUGUGACAGUCCAGGCUCCAUGACAAGGCCUCAAUAAAAGUCACUAGAUUCCCUUUGAGAUAGCUGAUUUGGCAAUGUGCUGUCUCCUUCCUUACACACAGAGUGAAUGAGUGAUUGAGGGCAAGGAUCAGGCAGGAUGAGAAUGUGGGCCAGAGGGACAUGGGCAAGGUAGUGGAGGGGAAUGAGCAGAGAUAGAUUUACUGGGAGAGCUCUGCUGGAAAGCUGUAGGGCUGGCACCAGCUGUGUCCCCCUUCCUGGGCACCCUGUGCUGACCAUGGUGAUGGCUGAUAGUGGGAGGGUGUACCAUGGAGCCUUCCCUACAUUGCUUGGUGGGUAGGAGGGUUUGAGGAUGAUGUGCCUGCCCACAUGGGAGACAGGAAAGUGGAGAUGUUGCAGCUGCCCACAGCCACCAGCAUCCAUCUAAUUGCCCAACUUGGUGUGCUUGCAGGCAUCCCUGCCCAGAAGUUUGCAGUGUAAGACUGCUCCACCCUGAAAACUUGUUGCUUUGCCCUGGCAGUCAGGCCUGCAUACCUUUCAUUUCUCUGUGGAUUGCUGUGCUGUUCUGACUGCUGCUACAGGGAUAGGGUGAGACAUGCCAUGCCGUGCUGCUGGAGUCACUGUCCACAGCAUGGAGCAAGACAAGCUGCCCCAGCCCAGAUCACAUUUUCCAGUGCUGAGUAGAUCUGCAUUAGAGUUUUUGUAGUUGCAGCUCCACCUGUGCUCAAAGCAACAGCAUAGUCAAACCAGCAGCAGCACUCUGAUAAACAUUGGGUGAGAUGUUAAUGAGCUGGGUUUAGAUAUUUGUUAAUGAAGCCCUACAUCAGCCCUGAGUAACUCCUCCAUUCUCCAUCCACUGCUGGAACCCAGCACUGAGGAUGCUGGACACAACCUGUUACUGGGCUCUAAGCUAUACUUAUAACAGGAAAUAUUUGAUAGACUGCUUUACAUUUUGCACCAAACAUCUUUAACAAGAGACUGGACUUGGCAUUCAUUUUGUAAGAAUGUGUGAAAUGUUGUUAGUUGAAGAAGCAAUGCUGUAUGAGUCCAGUGCAGUGAAUAAAAAACUUAACUUGUCAAAUAUAA